AUGACCUGCCCGCAUCCAACAGAGAAAAAAAGAGCUACCACUUGCGCCCGGGCUUCUAAUCAGAACGAUAAGAAGAUGAAGAGGAUGAUGAUUUAUGAUGAUGACGUAUACUCACAGACGAUAGAGCUUGACCACAAAUUGAAGCCCCCCUUUAUCCCUGAUUCAUCCCCAGCUGUGGGAGACAUUGAUGCUUUCUCAAAGUGAGGCAUGCCAGAUGGGAGCCACAAUCUGGGUCUCCUGGUUCUGGAUGAGCUGCAGAAUAAACAGUCAGACCUAACAGUGCUUCUGUGGCUCAGAGGAGAAUGUAAAGAUGUACAUCUCUUUCACAGGCGAAAGUAAAGAGCGCUUGAAAACCCAGAGAAGAACCCUAAAGCCAUAGACAGCCGGAUCGAGGAGCAUUAGGUGAGCUUUUCACGGUCCAAGCCUCCAGCGAUUGUACAUCAUACUCAUCCUAUGCAAGAGGCGCCUGAGUUUGAGGAGCUUGUUCAUCAGGUCAAUCUUCCCACAGCAGAUAUUGACUGUGAUUUGGCAGAGGCGUUGACAUUAUUUGUAAGAGUCCUGGACAUCCCUGUACAAGAAUAUUCACUACUUCACGCCCUGUUCACACUUUAUCUCCUAAUUCAAAACUCACAGCACUUUAAAUCUGCAGCGGAGGGCCAGAAAUCUGACACACCGCCUGCUUCAUGA